AUGGAUGCGAAAGAAGUACAGACUUAUGGCAAGAAUAUCAUGAAAGCGCUUGCAGAGAAGCGGCCCGCUGCAGAGAUCCUCAGCAUCAUCGGGAUACUGCGCAAAGGCGUCAAGGCGGAUGAGCAGCUUUUGCGCUCGACCAAGAUUGGUGUCACAGUCAGCAAGCUCAAAGCACACACGAAUCCGCAGGUCGCCAAGGCCGCAAAUGAGUUGGUCGGGGAAUGGCGUGCAGAAGUACGCAAGGCAGGCUCAGGAAAUUCCACACCGCGGGCGCAGAAUGGGAAUGGUACGGCAUCGCCCGCGCCGUCGUCGACCCCAACCAUACAAACGCCAAAGCAUGCAAAGCCUAGCAAUAUCGACUACACGAAGCGCAAGCUGAAGACAGACUUCAAGGGUAGGGAAGAGGCGUAUCUGGUGACGGGAAAUGACACUAGGGACAAAAUGAUUGAGAUGGUGUACGACGGCUUGGUGUAUGCGCAACCAGAAGAUUCUGAGGAUAUCCUCAAGAUCGUACGAGCAAUCGAGCUUGCCGCGUUCAACCAUUACAAACCAGAUACCCCACCCGUGUUGAAAGAAUAUGUCCAAAGAAUGCGCGUACUUCGCCAGAAUCUCAAAAAUGCCAUCAACGGAUCAUGGUUGCGCCAAGGCUUGCUCCUAAAGGUCCAAAAGAUGGAGAACUUGAAUGCGGCCGAUCUCGAAAAAAACAAAGAAUACGUAAAGAAGAACCCAAUCGAGUAUAUCAGCCCGGAGCACUUCGUCGUCAUGACGGACGACGAGCUCAAGGCCCCUCAACAACGCGACCAAGAAAAGAAGUUCCACGACGAGAAUAUCCGACGAGCCAUGACAGCCCAGGGCGAGAAGAGUAUCUCGGGCACGAUCCAGUGCGGCAAGUGCAAGCAGUAUAAGGUCAGUUAUUCACAGGCGCAGACUCGGAGUGCCGAUGAACCGAUGACGACCUUCUGCGAGUGCACGAAUUGCGGAGCGCGAUGGAAGAUGUAA